AUCCUUGUUUACUCGGAGAAACUUCAGACCGGACGUGUUUAGUCAGAACAGAAAUACAUCUCAGGGCCAAACCGAUAGGAAACGAGGCUGCCUCGCGGUGGCACCGCCACCCCCCAACCGGGUUCCGAGCACCGGAGCUGGCUGCUGCUCCCUCUUCGGAGCAAAGUUUUAUGCAAAGAGGGUGUUUUUUGAAACUUUCGGUGCACGGUGAUUUUUUUUUUUUAAGGUCCCAUAAUUAGGAAGAGUCGACUCGCUUAGGCCCUUGUUUAUUCCCUAUCUAGUGCAAAGCCACGAAUUGGCAGCAUGUUUUCUGACCUUUGGUUUGGUUGGUUUAAAAUGGUGUUCUAGAUUUUAAAAUCGUUUAAGUGACCAGUUAGAUACUCAUUCAGAGCAGACUCAGGCGGAUAGAUAGGGAAUACUGUAUGAGUAUAUCUUUGUGUCUAGACUUUUUGAGAUCGCCCUGAAGGACUGUUUUUGUUUUGUUUUGUUUGCUUGGCAUAGCCCCUUCAAGGAAUUUAAUCUCUCGGCCAUAUUCUUGUCUGAUUUUACGGAGAAAAAUAACUAAACAUGGGCAAAGGAGAUCCUAAGAAGCCGAGAGGCAAAAUGUCAUCAUAUGCAUUUUUUGUGCAAACUUGUCGGGAGGAGCAUAAGAAGAAGCACCCAGAUGCUUCAGUCAACUUCUCAGAGUUUUCUAAGAAGUGCUCAGAGAGGUGGAAGACCAUGUCUGCUAAAGAGAAAGGAAAAUUUGAAGAUAUGGCAAAGGCGGACAAGGCCCGUUAUGAAAGAGAAAUGAAAACCUAUAUCCCUCCCAAAGGGGAGACAAAAAAGAAGUUCAAGGAUCCCAAUGCACCCAAGAGGCCUCCUUCGGCCUUCUUCCUCUUCUGCUCUGAGUAUCGCCCAAAAAUCAAAGGAGAACAUCCUGGCCUGUCCAUUGGUGAUGUUGCGAAGAAACUGGGAGAGAUGUGGAAUAACACUGCUGCAGAUGACAAGCAGCCUUAUGAAAAGAAGGCUGCGAAGCUGAAGGAAAAAUACGAAAAGGAUAUUGCUGCAUAUCGAGCUAAAGGAAAGCCUGAUGCAGCAAAAAAGGGAGUUGUCAAGGCUGAAAAAAGCAAGAAAAAGAAGGAAGAGGAGGACGAUGAGGAAGAUGAAGAGGAUGAGGAGGAGGAGGAAGAUGAAGAAGAUGAAGAUGAAGAAGAAGAUGAUGAUGAUGAAUAAGUUGGUUCUAGCGCAGUUUUUUUUUUCUUGUCUAUAAAGCAUUUAACCCCCCUGUACACAACUCACUCCUUUUAAAGAAAAAAAUUGAAAUGUAAGGCUGUGUAAGAUUUGUUUUUAAACUGUACAGUGUCUUUUUUUGUAUAGUUAACACACUACCGAAUGUGUCUUUAGAUAGCCCUGUCCUGGUGGUAUUUUCAAUAGCCACUAACCUUGCCUGGUACAGUAUGGGGGUUGUAAAUUGGCAUGGAAAUUUAAAGCAGGUUCUUGUUGGUGCACAGCACAAAUUAGUUAUAUAUGGGGAUGGUAGUUUUUUCAUCUUCAGUUGUCUCUGAUGCAGCUUAUACGAAAUAAUUGUUGUUCUGUUAACUGAAUACCACUCUGUAAUUGCAAAAAAAAAAAAAAGUUGCAGCUGUUUUGUUGACAUUCUGAAUGCUUCUAAGUAAAUACAAUUUUUUUUAUUAGUAUUGUUGUCCUUUUCAUAGGUCUGAAAUUUUUCUUCUUGAGGGGAAGCUAGUCUUGCUUUUGCCCAUUUUGAAUCACAUGAAUUAUUACAGUGUUUAUCCUUUCAUAUAGUUAGCUAAUAAAAAGCUUUUCUCUACACACCCUGCAUAUCAUAAUGGGGGUAAAGUUAAGUUGAGAUAGUUUUCAUCCAUAACUGAACAUCCAAAAUCUUGAUCAGUUAAGAAAUUUCACAUAGCCCACUUACAUUUACAAACUGAAGAGUAAUCAAUCUACUCAAAGCAUGGGAUUAUUAGAAUCAAACAUUUUGAAAGUCUGUCCUUGAAGGACUAAUAGAAAAGUAUGUUCUAACCUUUACAUGAGGACUCUAUUCUUUAACUCCCAUUACCAUGUAAUGGCAGUUAUAUUUUGCAGUUCCCACAUUAAAGAAGACCUGAGAAUGUAUCCCCAAAAGCGUGAGCUUAAAAUACAAGACUGCCAUAUUAAAUUUUUUGUUGACAUUAGUCUCAGUGAAGACUAUGAAAAUGCUGGCUAUAGAUGUCUUUUCCCAUUUAUCUAAAUAUGGACUGCUCAGGAAACGAGACUUUCCAUUACAAGUAUUUUUAAUUAAUUGGGCCAGCUUUUCAAAGAUGCCACAUUCAAAAUAGGGUAUAUUUUCCUAUAUUACGGUUUGCCCCUUUAUAAAUCCAAGUAGAUAGGAAAGAAGACACUUAAACUUUGCGUCUCAGUAUGAAUUAUUCAAUUUAUUUGAAUGAUUUUUCUUUACAAAACAAACUCAUUCAUUAGUCAUGUUUAUCUGCUUAGCAGUUUAGGGAACAAUUUGGCAAUUUUGUGGUUUUCGAGAUUAUCGUUUUCUUAAAGUGCCAGUAUUUUAAAAUAGCGUUCUUGUAAUUUUACACGCUUUUGUGAUGGAGUGCUGUUUUGUUAUAUAAUUUUGACUUGGAUUCUUUCCAUUUGCAUUUGUUUAUGUAAUUUCAGGAGGAAUUCUGAACAUCUGAGUCCUGGAUGAUACUAAUAAACUAAUAAUUGCAGAGGUUUUAAA